AUGCCUCGCCAAAUCUUCCGAGACCGCGUCAUCGCAGCCGCCGGCCCGCUACCCGGCCAGCUCACCGUCGACAACCUCCGGCACUGGACGAGCCUGCGGCGGGGCAAGUUCAGCGACGACUUUGACGACGCCGUGACGCAUCUGCUGUGCACGCCGGAGCAGUUCCGCCAACGGGUUCCGCGAGUCAAGGAAGCCCUGAAGCGGGUCAAGCGCUGCUACAUUGUCCACUACGACUGGUUCGAGCUUUCGACCGUGGGGGAGAAGAGGGAGCCCGAGAGGGAGUACUCGAUGAGACACCGCCUGGCCAAGCAGAAUGCAGCGAAGCGCGAGCAGGCCAGGAUCGAGAGGGGCAAGAAGGAAGGCGAGAAGUUUGUCAACACUAACCUCUACCACAUAUACCAGGACAGGGAGUACUUCCCGUACCAAAUCGACAUUACGCGAGACGGCAACGAGAACGGCAACGAGAAUGGCGAGCCCGGCCAGCGCUAUACCCUCAGUCUGUGGGAGUCCAACGCCAAGCCACACCUAUACUGGUUCACGGCAAAGUUCCUCAAAAGAAGGGGCGACAGUCAGCCCAGCUUUCACCGGCCCAGCCGCUGCUCGGGCAAGUGGCGUCGUGAAAUGGACUUGUUUAUGGGAUUUUUCCGCGUCAAAACGGGCAUCGAGUGGCAGGACCGUGUACUGAGAGAGAAGACGAUGUCGAGCUCCUUCUUUCAUUACACUCCGCCGACAGGAGGGAAGCCCGUUGGGCGACGGCUUCGGUUCUGCCUCGACCACUGCCGUCAGGUGAACGCCGAGAUUAGGGGGCUCCCGUGGCCGCCCGUUGAAAGCGCUGUCACCGAUCCGGAAGACGCCAAGAUGGACGCCAAGGCCGAGAGUGCCGAAAACGGCGCCAAAAGCUCGGCUUCUGAGCUCGGGGCUGAUGAUGGCGAAAACCAGGCUGUGGCUGCUUGCGAACAAGGCUCUCCAGAGCGCACACUCGCGGUGGAGGGUGUCGAAAGCUCGGCUGAAGGCGGAAUCUCUGAAAAGUGA